GUUGAGUGGAUGUUUAUUAAACAAAGACUGAGGUUCUAUUUAUUGACAAGAAAUUGGAGUACUCCAAGAAUCUCCUUGUGAAUGGCCAUCACCGACUUCAAGGCACUCGACCUUGACCUUACCCCAGCGGUUUGCUAUUUGGAAGUCCUGCCAGCGAACGCACAGUUGUCUUUGGAGCAGAUCACACACAAACUGUGCUGGCUACUGGCUGUGAUAGGCAUGUUCCGCGGAGACGACAUAGCCUGCAUCGACAUCACCCACGCGCACUUUCGAGUCACCCCACAAGUGGCGAUCCUCCCCGUGGUCUUGCCCAAAGAGAAGCGACGUCAUGGACGGAUCCGCAAGUUCACAACCAUACAGGCGCAUACCAACGUAGCCCUUUGCCCGAUGGCGACACUGCAAGAGUACAUUUCUCGCCUGCCAUCUGAGGAGGAUUUAAUACCUCACCAUAAGGACUCGAGUCUCGAGUAAAAGCUUGAUACGUAGGUGAUUCUCUUCGAGCGGACGCAAAAGUUGACCCACAUGCCCCUUCUAACCACGCAUACAAUGCCUGACGGCAGAAGUCACCAAGCUCUCAUCGAAUCCAACAUCAGGCCACUCUUCAUCCGAUUUUGUCAGAUCAUCCAGAGUCUUUUCCUGGAAGACGGACUUCAUCCUCGCGGUUGCUUUGAAGGGCACCAAUACCCCUAGCAACGCUACAACAUCCGUGACGUCCGUAAUCCGAAGCUCAUUUUUGUGAAUUGCGGCGAC